AUGCCGGGCAUUUCAGAGAAUUGCGAUGGCUUCUACAAGAUCUCCUCCGGCGAUCAGUGUGACACGAUCGCCAAGGCGCGCGGUAUCAGCAUGGCUAAGCUCAAGAGCAGGAACAGUGCGAUUAAUGAUGCUACGAUCCGGCCGGCCUUUACAUCUCCUUCUGCCAAGUCGCUGGGUUUGACGGCCAUUGGUUGUAAUUACCACGGAGUCAUGAAGUUAGAGCCAUAA